CAGCUUUUUAAAUGAGGAAUAAUGUCAAAAACUGACAAUCGAUUAAUGACAUUUUUGAGACCUUCUGAUAAAAAUUUAGACGCAGCAAAGUUUUCGGAAAAUUUAAGUAGCCAGAAUGUGUUAGAUUUUGGCAAUGUAAAUGCUAUGGUAGUGAGAACAUCAAAUGACAAUAAAUACUGGAUUAUUGGCCUUUCGAAUGGCACAAUUGUUCUAUUAUCCACUGAAGAUAGUGAGAAGCAGACAAAUAAUUUCUAUACUUUGAACGCAGAUGGCGAAACUCUCCCUUGUUCAGAUUUACAGCCUGUCCCAGAACUCAAUGAUCGAAUUCAGGAUAACUGUCACCUAAUUUUAGCCGUGUAUGUUUCUGGUCAUGCACGCUUAUGGCAUUACACAGGAGCAAUGAAUUCAUCACGUCUCUUGGCAACAAUCACGGAAGAAAGGAUCAGUAACCCAUCUGAUGCUCCUGUGAGAACAAAUGCAGAAAACGUGAUGAAUCAGAUAUUAUCGUGUUCAUGUUCAUAUGAUGGUAAACGAUUUGUAACUGGUGGGGUUGAUUGUCAUUUAAGAGUUUAUGACAUGAAAUCUCGUAGAUGCUUGCGAAUGUGUAGUUCAAGUUUUACUAAGGAAAAAAUGGAUGGACAUGUAAUGCGUAUAUGUGCUGUGAAAUAUCAUCCACGUGGUGCUGUUUAUGAAGAUUAUGUGCAUAUAUUUAUUACCGGUGGUUGGGAUGAUACAAUACAAAUAUGGGAUGAUCGGUAUUUACAUUCUUUAUGGAUUUAUUAUGGUCCUCAUAUUUGUGGAUCAGAUGCACUGGAAAUCGAAUCAGAAUCAAAUCAUAUAUUAUCAAGUUCAUGGCGCCGUGAUAAAUCAAUUUUGCAAGUUUGGAAAUUUAAUGAAGAGCUUAUGAUUGAAUUUUAUAAUUCAGCUGAACAUCAAGGUGAUGAAUUGUCUAUACCAACUGGAAGGGAAAUCAUAAAUAAACAAACUGGAGCUUUAUACUACUGUAAACCAGUAGCUGAAAUACCUCAAGAUGCCUAUGAUGGACCGAGUAAAUUGUCACUUCUGAUUUAAGUGACCUUUCUUUGUUUGAGGUAAAAUUCAUUGAUACGGUUAUGUAGCAAAAUGGCUUGGACCAUAUUACAUAGCAUUCGGUGGGUCAGAUGCAAAUAUUCUAAAACUUAUCAGUCGUUUCACACUGAAUGUUGUUGGAUCAGUAACGGAAUUGACAAGUGGUAUUUAUUCAUUGGCCUUUAUUGAGCCAAAGACAAAUGAUAACAGUAACAAACGUAUGGUGCAAUUCGCAUUUGCCUCUGGUACUCGUGUUUACAUUGCACAAUAUGAACAAAAAUAAAUUUGCGGAGAUUUAUUUUUUUUAACCGACAACUAUUUACUGAAUUUUAUACUCAAAAAAUGGUUAUUUUUAUUCAUCUUUUUAAAAUAACUUUUGCAUUAGCAUAUGUUUUGCCGAUUGAAAUAAUAAUAUCGUUUUUCUUCCAAUUAACAGGAUAUACGUAAAUAAAAGACUCAAAUAUUUCCUUUCACUCAA